ACAAGGAGGGGAGAGGAGAGGAGAGUACAAAGUCCACAUUUAAAGGGGGGAACAAAAAAGCAGAUUGUCAGCAUUGGCGUGCAUAACAUAGCAGAUUGGGCUCUCGGAGUCUUCAUCUUAAUCACUACAUCAAAUGAUUCACCCAACCAAACCAAAAAGAUUUCAACUUGAAAGCACCCCUUCAUCUUUCAAACAAUUAAAUUAGGGCUUCAAAACUAAAAGCAAAGAUUCUUAACAAAGAAAGAAACACACUAGUGCUUCUGUAAUCUCUUCUGUGGGAUUCUUUAAAAGACUGUAUCAGUAGAUGCUUGUUGUCUGCCCUUUCAAUGGCUUAAUGCAACUUAUUCCAAGAUGCUGUUUUCCAUCUGUUUUGCAGUGUUUCAAAGGGGUCAAUGGUGUUAAAAGUGGGGAUAGAUAAGUUCUGGAGUGAAGGCAGAUUGGGUUAACAAAGUCAGCUCAAGAUGAAGUUCAUGAAACUUGGAUCCAAACCCGAUUCGUUUCAGACCGAUGACAACUAUGUUUGGUAUGUGGCUUCAGAUUUAGCAACAGAUAUUAUCAUCAACGUAGGAGAAGCAAAGUUCUAUCUUCACAAGUUUCCGUUGUUGUCAAAGAGUGCUCGAUUACAGAAGUUAGUAGCAAACAUGAACGAAGGAUCCGGGAACGGGGAUGAGAUCGAUAUUCCCGACAUUCCAGGUGGUCUUGCUUCUUUCGAGUUAUGUGCCAAAUUCUGUUACGGUAUGACCAUAACCUUAAACGCGUACAAUGUCGUCAACGCUCGCUGUGCAGCCGAAUACCUCGAGAUGCACGAAACAAUGGAGAGGGGAAAUCUGAUUUACAAAAUCGACGUGUUCUUAAACUCAAGUAUUUUUAGAAGCUGGAAAGAUUCGAUCAUAGUACUACAAACUACGAGAUCUAUGCCGAUGUUGUCGGAGGAACUAAAGCUGGUUAGUCGGUGUAUCGAUGCUAUAGCUUCGAAGGUAUCGGUUGAUGUUUCUAGGGUGGACUGGUCUUAUACUUACAACCGUAAGAAUCUUUCGGAAGAAACGAAUAACCACAUGUUAAACGGAGGUAUUAGAAGCGUGACGGUGCCGACGGAUUGGUGGGUGGAGGACCUCGCUGAGCUGGAGCUAGAUUUAUUCAAACGGGUUCUCGUGAAUAUCAAAAACAAGGGGUUAGUACAUCACGAAGUGAUUGGAGAAGCGCUAAAAGCUUUUGCUUCUAGAAGAUUACCGGGGUUUAACAAAGGUGUGAUACCGAGCGGUGAUAUGACGAGAGCUAGGUCGGUAGUUGACGCAAUCGUCGGGCUUUUGCCUUCCGAAAAAGGUAGUGUUUCAUGUGGUUUCUUGCUAAAGCUUUUAAAAAUGGCGGUUUUGGUGGACUUGGGGGAAACGGGGAAGAUCAAGUUGGUCAAAAAGAUUGGUCAACAACUUGAGGAGGCUUCGGUUCAUGAUCUUUUGAUUCGGGCCAAUGAAGGUGAACCAACAAUGUAUGAUGUGAAAAUGGUUCAAAAGAUAGUUGAGGAGUUUAUGGUUCGAGAUCGUGACCCGAACGGUGAGUUUGAAGUCAACGGAAACGAGAUUCAAGAAGGGAGGUCAACUGGUGGUAUAUUAACAGAAGCUUCAAAGUUAAUGGUGGCUAAACUUAUUGAUUCUUAUCUUGCUGAAAUUGCGAAGGAUCCGAACUUGCCUUUAUCAAUGUUCACUGAUCUUGCCGAAAAGGUUUCCGGUUUUUCUAGACCGGCCCACGACGGGAUAUACCGAGCUAUUGAUAUGUAUCUCAAGGCACACCCUGGGAUCAGCAAGAGUGAGAGGAAGAGAAUAUGCCGACUAAUGGACUGCAAGAAGCUUUCGGUUGAGGCAUGCAUGCACGCGGUUCAAAACGAGAGGCUCCCGAUGCGUGUAGUGGUUCAAGUUCUUUUCUUCGAACAGGUUCGAGCGGCGGCUUCCUCCGGAGGUAGCACACCCGACCUACCGAAAGCAAUCAAGGACCUCAACAGCGCGUCUCACGGAAGCUCGAGGUCAACCACAACCAACACUGAAGAAGAUUGGGACACAGUGGCUACAGCCGAAGAACUUCGGGCUUUGAGAAGUGAGCUAGCCUCAUUGAGGCUGGAACGCAGCGGUGGUCAUGCAAAGAGUCCGUUAGUCGAUAAUAGACCGGUUAAUAAAGUCAAGGGUCUAUUAGCCACAAAGCGAAUGCUAACGAAAAUAUGGUCCAACAAAGGUGGGACCGGGGAGAAUAGUGGGUCGGACUCGUCGGGAAGUCUUGGGUCUGGUAACCCUGAUGACGUGAAAUUGGCGUCAUCAACCCCUGCACGAAAAGGGCGGCAUUCGGUGUCUUGAAACGGUCUGAUUUUUACAAUCUUUUUGUUAAUGGGAGUAUGGUAGCAAUGAUAUAAGCCUAGAUGGUAUGUGUUUCUAACUUAGGAGAUCAUAAGUGUAGUCUUAUUAUUAUUAUUAUUAUUAUUAUUAUUAUUAUUAUUAUUAUUAUUAUUAUUAUUAUUAUUAAUGUUAAAUGGUGGAUCUUUUAUGUUUAGGGACAUUGGGGAAGACCAAAUUAGAACCCCAUAAGUUGAUGAAAUCUAACAAAAAAUUAGGUUUAAUCUUUUGUUGUAUUGCAUCAAUUUGUAUGAUCCUUAAUUUGUGCUAAAUAUAACAGAGUAGCACUAUGGUUGUUGAAGUUGACCACUUUA